UUCUCUCGCUUUUUUCUUCUCAAUGCUUUCUUGGUCAAAUUGAUUGAUCAAACGGCUCUGCCUUUGCUCGCAUGGCCUUCAUAUAUCACUCUCUCUCCUUCCCACCUUACUUACGUAUACCCUACCUCUUUUCAACCCAAUCAGUUAUAUAUUGGACUUCUGCCGCCUGCAAUGAAAGACAAUCAUACCUCGCGGCGCUCUAGAGUCAUGGCAGAUUGCGCAGAGACCUCUCUUAGCGCAGCAUUCUCUACUCCCUGGGAAUUCCUCCGUCCUACAACGAAUAUGCAUGAUACCAUAAUAGGAUCGGCUAAAUAUUUCCUGGAUCCCCUUGCUCUUUCAAUCAGUGACACCCAGUCCGCCCGUCAACGACAAAAUCGGAAACGCAAGAGAUCCGAGGCAGACCAGGACUACAACAACGAAGUAUUACAAUUAAAGCAGUUGUUUACUCAGGGGUUCGCUUCCGACCAGAUUUGGGAACAGGCUUUUAGGAUUCUCGACUCAGCUGGCCAGGAAAUACAACGUGAUUAUGCGUUAAGUACCAAGGAUACUAGCCACUAUUCGCCUAAUGUGUCUCUUAUGCAUCUCGGGGACCCGAGCUUCGAAGGCGAAAAAUCAGAUUCUAGCGAAGCAGACAGUUAUAUAGAGGGUACGACGGACCCAUCAGAUGUUGAUGAUGAAGCUAGCUUGGUGUCGGAGCUAAGCCCGGGUGACUCGCUUCAUGAUGCAUUGAAUUCCCAAAGAAGUAAUGACGAGAUUUCAGACGAGGGAGUCAAUCAUAAGGAGGUUGAUAGUGAUGGCGAACGACGCAACACAUACACAGAGGACCCUUUUGGAUUGAACGAUGGAUUCUUCUCGAUUGACGAUUUCAAUAAACAAGCAGAGCUGUGGGAGAGACAAGAUACACGUGGUGGCCCAGAUUAUGAAGCUGAAAGUGACGAAGAGGACAUUGAUUGGCAUGCUGAUCCACUUACCAUCAGGAGCCUGAAGCGAUCUUACUCAUCAAAGGAGGUCAACAAAGAUGUUAGAGAUGAAAACAUGGAUGAAGCUGAUGCAAGUGAUGAAGAAGGACCGACAUUCAAUAAUAUCAAUCUUGAGAAUGGGUCGGACUCAGACGAAGACGAUGCAUAUGCCGAAACUUCACAUAGGGCCGACUGGAUUAAUACGAGCGACAUCAAAUACUCCGACUUUUUCGCACCACCGCCCCGGAAGUCGACGAACAAAAGGUCACGUCCACUUCCCAAGACCCAACCGCCUACUGCAAUCCAUGAUAACGAUAUAGAUCGUGCAAUGGCUGAUGUACGGCGCGAUUUGUUCGAGGAUGAAGCUUCAGCCGAGAUUAGCGAUGCGUUCGAUAGUGAAUUGAAUGCACCUGAAACCCAGAAGUCUACACACGAGAAACAACGCGCACGAAUCGCCGAUGAAAUCCGUCGCUUGGAAGCUGCGAAUGUUGCGAAGAAAGAAUGGAUGCUUGCCGGUGAAGCCAGGGCGGCAGAGAGACCCGUGAACUCACUUAUCGAGGAAGACCUAGAAGUGGAAAGAAUCGGAAAGCCUGUGCCAGUUGUUACUGCAGAGGUAUCUGAAGAUAUUGAAAGUCUUGUCAAGCGUCGGAUUCUUGCUAGGGAGUUCGACGAAGUGAUCCGCCGUCGCCCUGGUGGCACUGAUGGACAUAAUGCGCAUAGGAGCCGAGUUGAGCUUGAAAGUGCCAAAUCUCAACAGAGCCUUGCAGAACUAUACGAGGCUGAUCAUCUUCGAGCUACCGAUCCUAACUAUGUGGACCCAAAGAACCAGAAGCUCAUGCGAGAGCACGCUGAAAUAACCAAACUGUGGAACGAGAUAAGCAUUCAAUUGGACACACUCUCAAACUGGCACUACAAGCCUAAAGUCCCACAGGCGCACAUCAACGUCGUCACUGAUGUGGCAACAAUCAUGAUGGAGGAUGCGCGGCCAACAGCCGGAAAUACUAUCGGCAAUGCGGCAGCUCUUGCCCCUCAGGAGAUAUAUUUACCCGGGGCAGAUGGCAAGGUUUCUGGGGAGGUUGUCCUGCGGAACGGCAUAUCAAUUUCUAAAGAAGAAAUGACCCGAGAGGAGAAGUCUAGACUAAGGCGACAGCACAAGAAACAAAAGAAAUCCAUCACUGGCAAUACAAACCAGCAGGGAGGGAAAAUAGCCGAGAAGCGACAGAUCGUGUCGGAUUUGAAAAAGGGUGGCGUCAAGCUGGUUGGAAAGCAAGGAGAAGUCACGGAUAUUCACGGCAAUAAACCAACUGGAACAGGUGUAAGGAGUGGUGCUGAUGUUUUGAAACUAUAGCUAGUGUUGUUUUUAUAUGAUUGGAUGUACACUAAGGGUUUAAUCUUGAUCUAUUC